AUGUCUCCCUCAAUCCCCACUUUUAAACUGAACAAUGGCAUUACAAUUCCAGCCGUUGGUUAUGGCACUGGCACCAAGUGGUUUAAGUCUUCCAACCUUGACGAACUUGAUGAAAAGGUUGUUGACGCUGUGGCUCUUGCCAUCUCCAAUGGCUACACCCACAUUGAUACAGCAGAAGUUUAUAAUACUGAAGGCGAGGUUGCUGCUGCAAUUAAAAAGGCUGGUGUCCCUCGUGAAAAGCUUUACAUUACCACUAAGGUGCUCCCCAAGAUUGGAAACCCUGAGGCUGCAUUGGCUGAUUCUUUAAAGAAACUUGGAAUUGAUUAUAUCGACUUAUACUUGAUUCAUGCUCCUUUUGUAACUGAAGAAAAGCAUGGAAUUUCCCUUGAAGAUGCUUGGGCAAAGCUUGAAAAGUUUCAAGAGGAAGGCAAGGUUAAGACAAUUGGUGUUUCCAACUUUGCCAUUGCUGAUUUGGAGCGCAUUUUAAAGGUUGCCAAGAUUAAGCCUGCUGUUAACCAGAUUGAGUACAAUGCCUAUUUGCAAAACCAGACUCCAGGAAUUGUCAAGUUUUCUCAGGACCAUGGAAUUUUGGUUGAAGCUUAUUCACCCUUGGGUCCUGUGAUUGCUAAGGAUGAAAAGGCUCCCUUAAAGCCUGUGCUUGAAAAGAUUGCUACCAAGUAUAAGAAGACACCUGCUCAAGUUGAGCUUCGAUGGACUUAUCAGAAUGGUGUUUUACCUAUUACCACUUCUGCAGAUAGUGGUCGUCAAACUCAGAGUUUAGAGAUUUUUGAUUUUGAGCUUACUGAUGAUGAAGUUCAGGAGAUUCGUGAUGUUGGUUUAACUUAUACCUUCCGUCAGUACUGGAAGCCUGAGUAUGGCAAGUAUGAAAAUAAGUUGUAA